AUGCUAUUACUGCUAUACACUAUUCUGGUAGCCUGUGUUGGCCUACAUCAUGCUUCACCGUUAGAUAGAGGCGAUCCAGUUCAUGUCAAUAUAGAUCGAUGGCUUAAUAACAAGGCAUUUGGGGCGAAUGCUGAUUUUGAUGGUGUGGGGACUUACUUUGAGCUCGAUUCUUUCCAACAUCCAGAGCUACUGGUGCAAUACAAAAGCUCUACAUCUGACAUUCAUGACAAUAUCCAGCCGUCGACAGCAAACCAUGUGGUCAUACCUUUGCAACAACAACAGCAGGCUGCAGUGAGAAAUGUGACAUUGGGUGCGCUGUAUAUGCUUGUAUCCUCCAGUCAUGGACCUUGUACACUAGACAUCACGGUUACCUACCGUGAUGCCACUAAGGAUAAAACCACCUUGAGCUUACCAGACUGGCAAGACCGGUAUACAAACCAAAUGGAGAGAUAUCAAGCUAUUCAAUAUCCUCUUUCAAACAGCAAUCAAGGUGCUUUAUUCAGCGUACCUAUUUUUGUCAACCCCAGCAAGGUACCUGUCUCUGUAACGAUACCAUCCACAGCCAAGGAGGCUGCUAUCCACAUUUUCGCAAUCACAGCGUACAUAGCACGUCCAACCCUAUUCAUCGCAAGCAUUAGACCCACCCGCGAAUGGAUCAAUGAUCAGCAUCAAGUUGUACAAGUCAAUUUGCAUAAUUUGAAUUCAAAGUGGGUGCAAAAUGCACGCGUUCAUGUGAGUAGCUCACAGGUCAGCAUGAUGGAAGUAGGCUACAUCAAAGCAAUAGCACCUGGUCAUACGCGUAGUGUGCGUGUUAUUGUACGCGCUCAUGCCAACGCCACCUCAAAUGGACUAGUAUCCGUACAGUCGACACAUGAUAGUAGCAACGGUAUGGUGAUAAAGGCUCCCCUAUCGCUUCAGACAUCUACAAGGUUUGCUUCCACAUCCACCUCAGUACAGCAGCAUCGUUCUCCCAACUGGCUCAAGCAGUCCAAAUUUGGCAUCUUCAUCCAUUGGGGACUUUACUCUGUGCCAUCAUGGGCACCUGUGGGCAAAUCGUACGCAGAAUGGUACUGGUGGCGUAUGAACCACAAGGACGAUGCUGCCUUUGACUAUCAUCGUCAGCACUAUGGUGAGAAUUUUGAGUACGAUGAUUUCUUGGCGCAAUGGAGGCCAACAGAGUUUGAUCCUCCUAGCUGGCUGCGUUUGGUAGAUCAGUCCGGAGCAAAAUACUUUGUAUUCACAACAAAGCAUCAUGAUGGCAUCGCGUUGUUUGAUACACAUGUUACGGAUAGAUCCACGAUGCAUCUACUACAGCCCAACAGAGAUUUUGUAAAGGAGCUCAUGGAUGUUGCAGAGAGAGAGUAUCCACAACUGAAGCGAGGAUUAUACUUUUCUCUGCCUGAAUGGUAUCAUCCUAAAUACAAGGACGACUCACUAGGAUGGCAAGGGCCUCCAGUAAACCCUUACACAGGAUACCGUGUGCCUUACACUGGAAGCAGAACCAUCCAUGAUUUUGUCAAUGAAUUGCAAGUGCCUCAGUUUCAAGAGCUUGUGCAGUACAAACCAGAUAUUCUGUGGUGUGAUAUAGGCGGUAUCCACAAUUCGAGCGUAUGGCAAUCUAAUUACUUCAAUCAAGCACUUGGGUCUGGUAAGCAAGUCGCCGUCAAUGAUCGAUGUGGUGAUUCCAGUGCCUCUGAUUUUACGACAAUUGAAUACAAGGCCGUUACAGAUACGCCAACGCGGUUUUGGGAAGCAACACGAGGCAUUGAUCCCUACUCUUUUGGCUACAAUCGAGAAACAACACCUGAAGCCUAUGCCAGUGCCUUGGAUCUGAUCAAGGAACUGGUUGACGCUGUCUCUCGGGGUGGUAAUUUCUUGCUGAAUAUCGGCCCCAAGGCAUCGGGAGAAGUACCUCAGCCCAUGGUAGAUAGAUUGACUUCCAUUGGCACCUGGCUAGGCGCUGUUGGUGAGAGUAUAUUUAACAGCGUGCCUUACUGGAUUGCAUCGGCCCAAGACGAGCUGAGAUUUACUGCUAGUCAAGAUGGUGCCUCUGUGUAUGUAUUCUCAUUCUCAGAGCAUACCAAGGGACAUCAGACGAUCGAAAUCACAACACCUCUUCCCAUCUUGCAUGACACCAGAAUCACGCUGCUGAAUGACAAUAGCACUGCUAUUCAAUGGCGCCACACCAGUUCUGGCAGCAUCUCUUUAGAAUUCAACUUAACACGUAGUACAUCAGACAUUCUUGUAUUCAAAAUGGGGUCUUUAUUAUAA